UUCUUAAAGGUUUGUCUCAGUCUCGGACUCCACGCUCGCUAUCAGUCGGAUCGGAUCCAUUGGAACAGUCGUAAGAGUUUCGGGCUUGUCAGCGGUUCAUCAAAAUUCUCACAACAAUGCGUGGAUUUUUGUUAGCGUUUGUGUUCCAAUUCGCUUUGUGCCAUUGUCAGUAUAAAUAUGGGCCAGAGCGCGUCUGGAAUCUACGCUCCGUGGAGGAGCUAAAGAGCAAGGAGUUCUGGUUUCACGAUGCCCAGCGCACACUCUUCGAGAAGCUGUCGACGCCUCCGAAUCAGUAUGUGGCCAAGAACGUUAUCUUCUUCCUGGGCGAUGGCAUGUCCGUGCCGACCGUCACCGCCAGUCGGAUCUUUGAGGGCCAAUUGCGAGGAGUAGUGGGAGAGCGGAAUCGUCUGGAGUUUGAAAAGUUCAAUUUCGUGGGACUCUCAAAGACGUACUGUGUGAACAAACAGGUCUCCGACUCGGCGUGCACGGCCUCCGCAUAUUUGUCUGGGAUUAAAGCCAACUACCUGACCAUUGGAGUCACCCCCAAUGUCCAGGUGAAUGAUUGUGCAGGGGCCAGGCUGCCCCAGAAUCGCCUCUCCUCGAUUGCCGCCUGGGCAAUGAAGGGUCGCAAGUCGGCUGGCGUGGUGACUACCACACGGAUAACGCAUGCCAGCCCCGCGGGCGUCUAUGCCCACACCUCGAAUCGGGACUUUGAGAGCGACUUUGACGUUAAUUCUUUUGGGGAAAAUGCCAGCAAAUGUCCAGACAUUGCCCAGCAGCUGAUAGAUGGGGAUGUGGGGCAACGCCUGCGGGUUAUCCUGGGUGGCGGCACCUCGAAGUUCUUGCCCAACACCGAAAAGGAUGUGUAUGGCAAUCAGGGUCAGCGUUUAGAUGGUAGGAACCUCAUAGAUGAGUGGCAGAGGAGCAAGCCAGGUAACGCCAGAGUGGUCUUUAAUCGCACCGAUCUCUUGGCGAACGAUGCUCGCAGUACGGAUUUCUUGUUCGGUUUGUUUAAUGCCUCGCACUUGGCCUAUCACUUAGACGACAGCAUAGACACUCCCACGCUGGCGGAGAUGACAGAGUCAGCUAUCAAUGUCCUUUCCAGGGAUCCUGAGGGCUAUUUUCUGUUUGUCGAGGGUGGUCGCAUCGAUCAUGCCCAUCAUGAAACCAAGGCCAAGAAGGCCCUGGAUGAAACUGUCCAAUUCUCGAAUGCCAUCAAAAAGGCUCGCCUUCUGACGAAUCCUUGGGACACAUUGAUUGUCGUUACCGCCGACCACGGACACACGGUCUCGAUUAGCGGCUAUCCAGAUGUGAAUAACAGCAUUGCCGGCUUGAAUUCGGAGUUUAGUGAUGUAGAUUCCAAGCCCUACGCCACUCUCUCCUAUGCCAACGGCCCUGAAUUUCAAAAGUUCUAUCAAUCGAAGGAUGGCGUGGUGGAACGCGUUGAUCUCACUACCUCGGAUAUUGGUGACAAGGAUGCGCGUUAUCCCCACGGCGUGCCCAUGUCAGAGGAGACCCAUGGAGGCGGUGACGUGGCUGUGUAUGCUCACGGUCCUUGGGCGCAUUUGUUUACAGGCGUCUAUGAGCAAAAUACCAUACCCUUCAUGAUGGGAUAUGCCUCUUGCCUUGGGCCUGGAAUGACUUACUGUGAUCUCCAGCCAAAAGUUUCGUACAAUCCAUAAUUUAUAGUAAAAUAUACUUUUUUUUAAUACAGUUAAGUUACUUCAUACCUUGCUUAUAUAGUUCAAAGAUCUAUUUGGCCUCCACAUUUUUCUCGGAUAAGCGCCACCUCCUUAAAAUAAUUGUUAAUUUAGUCUAUUAUGGUAAAAUGUCACUUGAAAACUAGAAAUGUAAACGUCUCUUUACUGUGCAUUUAUACUACUAAAUCUAAAAGCCACAAAAUUCUAUAAAAUUAAA